AUGGGUUUUAAAGAACGAUUUCCUCGAUGGAUUACAGCCAUUCUAGGCAUUGUUCAAUUGGUAUUAACUGCUGCUAUUAUUGGUUUAGAAUUAGGUUCUGAUUAUAUUGAUCUUGCUCAUGGUACAAUAUGGAUCGGACUUUGGGCUGGUAUUAUUUUUAUCAUUACAUUUCUUUGGAUGCUUUUUAUUACUUGCUGUUGUCGAGGUCGUUGUUAUGCAACUUAUGUUCUUAUUCUGAACAUUCUUAGUGGUAUAUUGGCUUGUGUGAUGAUUUAUUUUGAUCAACUUUUUAUUAAUCAACUUUGCAAAUGUUAUUUGGGUGAUCAAUUAUGUUGUGCAGUUCGUGGUAUUCCAUCAUUAUCAAGUAAUUUUUCAGGUGUUCUUGAUGAUUGUGCUACAGCUAUAUCGCAAGGUACAAUUUCCUCAAGAACAUGUCCUACUACACCCUAUGAUAAAUUACCAUUACUUAAAGCACAAUUAGCUUGUGCUGUUGGAAUGCUAGUUUCUUGUGGACUUUAUGUUGUUGUUUUUAUAUUUGCUUGCUUUGGUAUUUGUUUUGGUCAUGAUUAA